AUUCUUUCUUUAUUCAUCAGUCUUCUCUGCUACUGACUUUCUCCUGGUUCCUGGCAUUCAUGGUCCUAUCCCUCUGUUGAGCAUGUCGCUCAAACGAAAAGCCCUCGAAGAGGGCAGUGCCAGAUCCUCGAAACGCUCCACUCCCGCGCCCUCCACUCCCAUCAGCCUGGAAAGUGACGAUGAGUACGAGGGCUCAGACGCCAGGUCGCAGGAUGGCAGCGACAGCGAGAAAGAACAUAUACGGAAGGCGAGGGCAAAGCUUGAUUUCAGCUCUUUUCAAGGCUCCAGACAUAGACAAAAGCCAUCCAUCUUCGGCGAAAAGGACUUCUCGUGGCUGUCUCUCAAGACUGACCAUGAUAACCGCCCGUUAUGGAUAGACCCAAAUGUCUCAAUUGGAUCCAAGAAAGGGCCUAAAAUCACCCUCGAAAGCUUCUCCCCUUUGUCUGCCCAGGCAACCGAUCUCCUCACCACGAUCGCCGAGCCCCAAUCAAGACCUUCCUACCUCCAUGAGUACAGAUUCACUGAACACAGUCUGUACGCCGCUCUAUCGGUAGGUCUCCGUGGUGAAGACAUUAUCCGUGCAUUAGAAAAGUUAUCAAAAACUCCAGUACCGCAGACUGUAGUCGAUUUCAUCAACAGACAUACCAAAACCUAUGGCAAAGUCCGACUUGUCCUUCGAAACAACAAGUUCUAUGUCGAAUCUGACGAAAGAGAAAUUAUUGAUAUGCUACUUCAAGACUCCGUCAUCGGACCUUGCAAGGCCGAAGGCACCACCGUGGAGACAGGCAAGAUCCAGACCAAGGCCACAGUCAUCCAGGGAACCACCAAUGCCAAAGGUAUGAGGCAGGCUGACCAAACGUCAAACAUUGAAAUCCCGCGCGAUGAUGCCAUCAAAGAUAACGAAACUAUGAUCGCUGCUCUGAGAGACGAGGAAGAUGAAGAAGACAACUUCAAAGAAGCGUCCAACUUUGAGAUCGCCGCCAACAAACGAGACACGGUAGCCAAACAGUGUCUCGAUAUUGGCUAUCCAGCUAUAUCAGAAUACGACUUUGCCAACGAUCAUAUCAAUCCAACACUUCCCAUUGACCUGAGGCCCGCCACCCAGAUCCGUCCAUACCAAGAAAAAGCUUUAAGUAAAAUGUUCGGCAACGGUCGUGGCAAAAGUGGCAUCAUUGUUCUGCCCUGCGGUGCGGGAAAAACCCUGGUUGGUAUCACAGCGGGUUGUCAUAUCAAGAAAAGCAUCGUUGUUCUGUGUACAAGUGCAAUGAGCAGUUACCAAUGGGCGAACGAAUUCAAAAAGUGGUCAGAUGUCAAAGAAGAGGACAUUGCUGUCUUUUCAGCAUCAGAAAAGCGGCGAUUCAGUGGUAAUGCAGGCGUACUGGUCACGACAUACUCUAUGAUUACUGCAGGCGGCAAACGUGCCCAUGACACACAACAGAUGAUGGAAUGGGUCUACAGCAAGGAAUGGGGCCUCAUGAUUUUGGACGAAGUCCACGUUGUGCCAGCCAAGAUGUUUCGAAAGGUCGGAGAAAACAUUCGCUCCCACUGUAAACUGGGUCUUACUGCAACCCUAUUGAGAGAAGACGAUAAAAUUACCGAUCUCAACUUCAUCAUCGGCCCAAAGCUGUACGAAGCCAACUGGAUGGAGCUAGCUGAUCAAGGCCACAUAGCCAAGGUCCAAUGCGCCGAGGUUUGGUGUCCAAUGUCCAUGGAGUUUUACCAGGAAUAUCAAAAGGAAACCACCAGGAAGCAGGCUCUGUAUUACAUCAUGAACCCUGUCAAAUAUCAGGUCUGCCAAUAUCUUAUCGACUACCAUGAGAAACGAGGGGACAAGAUCAUUGUUUUCAGCGACAACUUGUUCGCCCUCCAACACUAUGCCAUCUCCAUGAAGAAACCAUUCAUCUUUGGCGAUACGAGCAACCAGGAGCGCAUUAAUAUUCUCGAGAACUUCCAGCACAACGAACUUAUCAAUACUAUUUUCCUGUCCAAGAUCGGUGAUACAUCGCUGGACCUACCCGAAGCGACUUGUCUCAUCCAGAUCUCGUCACACUACGGAUCACGACGUCAGGAGGCUCAACGUCUCGGCAGAAUCCUUCGAGCCAAGCGACGUAACGAUGAAGGCUUCAAUGCUUUCUUCUAUUCACUCGUGUCAAAAGAUACCACUGAAAUGGCUUAUAGCGCCAAGCGACAAGCCUUCUUGGUUGAUCAAGGCUACGCUUUCAAAACCAUCACCCAUCUCGCAGGCAUGGAUGAAAUGCCUGGUCUGGCAUACACGACUGCCCAUGAACGAAACGAGCUUCUCGCCCAUGUCAUGUUGCAGCAAGAAACAGCAGCAGAGGUGGAAAAGAUCGACGAUAACAUGUGGAGUCACCUAAGUGGUGGUGGUAAAGCAGCUGCAAAGGCCAAAGCCAAGAAACUGCAAGUUCGUCGCUCUGCCGUUAUGAUGGCAGAUGCUAGCGGUGGUGGCACUAUGGCUCCAAUGUAUCGUGAGCAAGAGAGAAGGUCUAAGAAGAGCCAGAUGCCUGAAAGUGAGUGGUUCAAGAAAGAAGCUAGACGGCGAGAAUUGGCAGCGAAGAAGCGAAGAAAAGAGCAAAUGGAGCGAGAGAGAUCAGGUGCCGAUUAAAUCACAAGAUCAAACAUCGAUACGUUGAUGUAAACAUCAAACAGACGAGCUGUAAAAAUUAUGUGGCGCUUCUCCCACCUUCGUGUACAUGCAUUUUACGUCGCAGUUAGAGAAGAGUUGUGAGAUUUAGCCAGGCCUAGUUAAAUUUGACGACAACUUUUGGCACAGGCGGGAUCAUCUUGAGUUUGGC